UUUCGCCCUCGGUCAGAGGCAACACAACACUGAACAUAAGGUCAAGACAGCAAAUCUUUACCACGGUAUCUUGACUGUGAAACCGAGAAGAUUUCCAGUCGGUGCUUCGAAGAAUCCCAGUUUUCUAGUUGAACCUUGCUAUUGCAUUUAUUUGCUCCGCAUAUCUACAGCAUGGUUCUUUCCAGACUCGUCAGUUGGACGAGUGUUGCAGUGUGGUUAAUUACUCAGAACUUCUCCAGUUCCGGUAUCAGUGUAAUGCUAGCAGAUGCCUUUAGUCCCGUGAUGUUGACCACCAGUCGCACGGACGUCGCCUUCCAGCCGACGCUCCACGCAACGACGAGUCCCGACUCGGUUUCCGUGCGUAAGAUUCAGCGCGAACGCGAGCGUUCGGUACGCUCGUACCACGAUACCGAGGCGUGGAAUACGUUGUUUGUGGCCGUUCCCGAACGAAGCACGCCCGUACCGUACGAUACCAGCGCUGGUGGUAGUCAUGCCAACGACGUUGCGCAAAACUUCCGCACCGCCAGGGCUGCCCCGUUGCCGAGCAAUUUCCCGCCGGGGUGCUUGCUGCGUCUCGGUCCCAACGGAGCCCCGCAGAACGAAGGAUUCUUUGACGGCGACGGUAUGGUACAGUGCAUUACAUUUCCUCCAAGCACUGACCGUGAGCAUGUCGGGAUGUUUUCGUGCUCGUAUGUUGAUACCAGGGGUCGCCAGCUAGAAGGCGAACGCCAGAAAGUCUUUUUGGGGACACUUGGUGCUGUCCCUCGUGGCUUGCCGUUGCUCUUCAACGUACUUUCCAAUAUGCUAACGUUCCGUACGUUACAAGGACAGAAGGAUACCUGUAAUACGGCGUUGGCAACGCACGGGGGCCGCGUCCUGGCCUUGAUGGAGCAGUGCCCGCCGGCCGAAAUUGCCAUUGGCCGGGACGGACGCAUAUCUACCGUGCAAGCGAACUGCAAUCUGGACGGAGCCAUCCCGUUUGCGCCAAUUACUGGAGGAUCACUCAGCGCCCACGGAAGGACCUGUCCCGAAACUGGUGAACGGGUACACGUUUCUUACAGUAGCGGCAAUGCUCCCUAUGUGCGGGUCGAUACGUUCGCACCAGACGGCUGGAAUUUGGUGCGAUCGGUUGGUGUAAAUGUUCCGUGUGCGACCAUGUUACACGAUUGUGCUAUUACGGAAAAUUAUGUAGUGGUGCUCGACUUUCCGCUCACACUCCGGACGACACGGUUUCUAGCCGAUCAGUUCCCCGUCGAGUACGAACCUUCAUACGGGGCUCGCAUAGGAUUGCUGCCACGGCAUACCACUGAUGCAGACGAUUCGGGCACCAUUUGGUUUGACUGUGCACCAGGGGUGAUAUUGCAUCUGGUCAAUGCAUACGAAACGAACGACGGCAAAGUGAUUGUGCAGGGUUUGCGGUCGGAACCAAGCACGUCGCAAGGAUAUUUGGAGGCCUUUUCGCCCAGCUUUUUAUACGAGUACGAAUUGGAUCUUGUCUCGCGACGUACGUCCCGGGAAGGUUGCCUGAAUCCGUACGAAAUUGUCGAGUUUCCUAUUCUUGACGAAUCUCAGAACGGCAAGGUAGCGCCUCACGUGUACACCAUCGGCGUCCGAUCGAUCGGUGGACCCCUGGCGACGCACCAACAACCCGUCAUUGGUUUAACACUGGACAGCGUUGUCAAGUUUAAUCUUGUCAACGAUACCGAGAGUAGUACAAAGGGUGACGUGCUGGGCAAGUUUGUCUUGCCCGAUCGAUGGUUUGCCGUAUCGGAGCCUACGGUGGUUGCCAAAACGGACGGAACCGGGGGUGAGUACGUCUUGAUAAUUGCCACAGUCGUGCCGGAGGGCAGUGACUGGAAGCAAGUUGAGGCACUCAAACCAGAAAACGCAGAUGAAUUGACUUCGCAUGUAUUGGUGUUGGAUGGAGACAAAUUGGACGACGGACCGGUCUGGAUGCGGGAAAUGCCGCAUCGCAUUCCGUACGGUUUGCAUUCGUUGUUUGUUCCGUGGGAACUGAUGAAAUAA